AUGUCGAGUUUGGUACCGUUAGUAGACGAGCCGGUGGGUAAAGUGCAAGUACAUGUCGAGACUCGAGAGGUCAUUGAAGGGCAGCGAAGGGGUAGCUGGAAAGGCAAGAUAUGGGAUACUUUCGAUCGACCGCCUAUGGAGAGGAAGCUGCUCUUCAAAGUCGAUGGCAUGAUCCUCACUUUUGCUUGUAUCGGCUACUUUCUCAAGAACUUGGAUCAAACCAACGUCACAAACGCCUACCUCACCGGCAUGAAAGAAGACCUCGGCAUGUACGGUAAUGAGCUAGUCACUUCGACUUCGAUCUGGACUGUCGGAUAUGUCAUUGGGCAGCUGCCUUCCAAUUUGCUGUUGACCAGGGUGGAACCGAGAUGGGUCAUACCUUCUCUGGAGCUCGGCUGGGGACUCGCUACGCUCGCAUCGUAUGGCGUCAAGUCUUGCAAGUCACUCUACAUCUUCCGCUUCUUUGUCGGUCUCUUCGAAUCAGGCUUCUACCCCGGUAUGCACUACCUCCUCGGAUCGUGGUACACCCCAGCCGAAAUCGGGAAGCGCGCUAUGAUCUUUUGGCUUGCUGGGUCGUUGGGGACGAUAUUGUCGGGUGUUUUGCAAGCUGCUGCGAGUAGGAAUCUGGAUGGAGUACAUGGGCUCGCAGGAUGGAGGUGGCUGUUCAUCCUCGACGGUAUCAUCACACUGCCGUUGGCCGUAGCUGGAUUCCUCUUCUUUCCUCCUCAACCUCUUGGAGGUAAGAGAACUUGGUGGUUGACUGAUGAUGAGUUCCGCCUGGCGCAGACACGGUUGAUCAACAUUGGCCGGGCCGGCAAAAAACCUUGGACAAGAGCAAGAGUCAACAAGCUUUUCCAUUCAUGGCAUACAUAUCUCCUCCCCGUGUUGUAUAUCCUUUGGAACAAUGCAUCCUCCCAGUCGCCUAUCGGAUACUAUCUCAAAUCCUUCAACUCCCCACCUUAUCCCGGCGGCGACAGGCGGCAUUCGACGAGCGAUAUCAAUCAACUACCGUUGCCGCAGACUGCGAUCUUUGUAGUGAUGGCGGCCAGCUGGGCCUGGAUCAGCGACGGAUUUUUGAGAGGCAAUCGAUGGCUGUUUGUGUAUAUUGGUGCUACCAUCGGGAUAAUCGUUGGCAUCAUCGGUACUAGGAUCGACCUCUACGCAAACGUUAACCACACUCUGAUCUUCUACUGGUUCUCCCAUAUCGGGCAAGGUGCCGGCCCUCUUAUCCUUACGUUCAUCAAUGAGAUCUGCUCAAACGAUACGGAGAAGCGUGCUCUGCUGGUGGCAGGUGCCAACGACUUGGCGUAUGUCGUUCAGGCGAUCAUGCCGAACUUCGUGUGGAAGACUGUAGAUUUCCCAGAGGCAAGGAAAGGGUGGACGUAUUCGGUAGUGCUGAAUGUUGCUCUCAUCUUUUGGAUGACGCUCGUGCUCUACCUCCUCCGCCGUGAUCGCCGGAAAGCCCCUUCCCACCCCGAAUCUCAACAUGGACUCACAACGACCGAUCCUCGCGGAAGGUAUGGCGCAUUGUCAGACUCGGACAGUUCGAGGGAGAGUGCGCCGUGGCUGGAUGCAGAUGAAGAAGAAGAGGGGGAGGAUACACCUAGAUUGCUUGCGAGUCUCGAUAAGAGAUAUUAG